UGCUUUAUAUUGGAGUGUCUUAUCUAAGUUGUCAAACAAGGUUGAGAAAUAUUUGCAUUCUAAUGUUGAACGCUUUAGCGUCAAUUUUAUGUCUCCAGUCAUCAAGCAUUCGCUGUCAGUCAAUAUGUGCAGCUCUCAAGAAAUGUUGACAGUGUUGACUAGAGGAAUUCCUUCAGAUUCGCUGCCGCCUGAGAAGUCCAGGAGUGAUAAUAUCCCACAUGCUCCUGUGCGUAAUCACACCCUCAACGCUGAUGAGAAAGAGUUAGCUUUGAGGAAUGCACUUCGAUAUUUCCCACAGAAGUUCCACAAAACCCUCUUAGAUGAAUUUCUUAACGAAUUGGAAACUUAUGGACACAUCUACAUGUACAGGUUUCUACCUUCGAUACCGCUGAGAGCUUAUCCUAUCGAAAGCUUUCCAGCAAAAUGCAAACAGGCGGCCUCAAUCAUGCUGAUGAUCUGCAACAAUUUGGACCCAGCAGUUGCUCAAUUCCCAGAAGAGCUUGUGACGUAUGGUGGCAAUGGACAAGUGUUUUCCAACUGGGCUCAGUUCUGGUUGACAAUGAAAUAUUUGUCGGAAAUGAACGAGCAUCAAACUCUGGUGUUAUAUUCUGGACAUCCUUUGGGAUUAUUUCCAAGUAAGCCCGAUCUACCUCGAGCUGUUAUUACAAACGGUAUGGUCAUCCCCAACUAUUCUUCUCAAGAGCACUACCAGAACAUGUUUGCACUUGGAGUUACCAUGUAUGGACAAAUGACAGCUGGUAGUUACUGCUACAUUGGGCCACAAGGAAUCGUUCAUGGUACCACGAUAACCGUGAUGAAUGCCGGCAGAAAAUAUUUAGGUUUGGAUGAUUUGGCGGGAUGUGUUUUUGUGAGCUCUGGUCUGGGUGGAAUGAGUGGUGCCCAAGCGAAAGCAGCCAUCAUCAGUGGCUGCAUAGCAGUCAUAGCUGAGGUGGACUAUGAUGCACUGAAGAAACGAUACAACCAAGGCUGGGUACUUGAGAUUCAGUCCAAUUUGGAUGAUCUCGUUGAUCGAAUAAGAACAGCUAAGAAAAAUAAGGAGGUAUUGAGCAUAGGUUAUCAUGGCAAUAUCGUUGAUUUAUGGGAACGACUGGUUGUUGAAUGGGAAAACAAUCAAGAGCUUCUCGUAAAUCUUGGAUCUGAUCAGACGUCUUGUCACAACAUUUCAAGUGGAGGAUACUAUCCGGUUCAAGUCACUGUCCAGGAAGCACAGAAGAUCAUGAAAGAUGAUCCGGAUAAGUUCAAAUCGCUGAUCAAUGAAUCCCUGAUAAGACAUGUGAGGGCAGUCAACAAGCUGGCUGAGGCAGGCAUGUUCUUCUGGGACUACGGAAACGCAUUCCUCCUGGAAGCUGAUAGGGCUGGUGCAGAUGUUGGAAGGAAAGGCCUCAGUUUGCGAUUCCGAUACCCAUCCUAUGUGCAGGAUAUCAUGGGUGAUAUAUUUUCUCUUGGAUUUGGACCUUUUCGAUGGGUCUGUACUUCCGGGUUGGCAACAGACCUCAGAACCACUGAUAGAAUAGCAGCUGAAGUUAUUCAGACUAUAUUAACAGAUAAAAAUCUUGAUGAGGUUAUCAGGCAGCAAUACAAUGACAAUUUGACAUGGAUAAGAGAAGCCGGUAAGCAUAAUCUAGUUGUGGGCUCUCAGGCGAGAAUCCUCUACUCAGAUAGAAGAGGGCGCAUCAAGAUUGCUGAAAAGCUCAAUGAGGCUGUUAUGGAUGGGAGAUUGAAGGGCCCUGUAGUUAUCAGCAGAGACCAUCAUGAUGUAAGUGGAACUGAUUCUCCAUACAGAGAAACCUCAAACAUAGUGGAUGGAUCUGCUUUUACAGCAGAUAUGGCCGUACAAAAUUGUAUUGGGACAGGCUUGAGAGGAGCCACAUGGAUUGCUCUACAUAAUGGCGGUGGAGUUGGCUGGGGCGAAGUGAUGAACGGUGGUUUCGGUUUGUUGUUGGAUGGAUCUCCUUCGGCAGACGAACGUGCUCACCUGUUGCUUGGCUGGGAUGUUGCAAAUGGAGUUGCUCGCAGAUGCUGGUCAGGUAAUGAUAAUGCCUUCCUGGCAAUAAAUAAUGCAAUGAAGGAGGACAAUCUUUUAAAAGUGACCCUGCCACAGAAAGUUGACCUGGAUUUAUUUGAAAAGUAAAUUAUUGUAUUCAAUCAAUAUUAUAUUUAUGCAUUAUAAAGGCUAAAACGAUAAUUAUAAAAAUGUUCUUUUCUAUUCCUUUUGAAUAAAGUUCUGCUCAGGUUA